UUAAGUAUUAAAAUGUGUUGUCAUUCAUAAAUUUUAAGUAUUCCAUAACAAUAUUUACAGAAAUCAAAUAGUUAAUUAAUAAUUGCAUUACAUUGACCAAAGUCACCAAAAUUUCAUGUGGAAUUAAGUUGAUAACAAAAAAAAAUUCAUAGGUUCAUCAAUUCGUUGUGUGUUAUUAACUUAACGUAUGUGUUGAAAAAAAUUUUGUUCUUUUUUUUUUUAUAUUCAGAAAAAAAUCAUAAUUAAUAAAGAUAAAGUUGAUAAUUAUUUGAUUACUAGUUAAUCUAGAAUAAUAAGCAUUGCGUUUAAUAAUGUCAACCACGAAUGAUACAAAAGCGAAGGAAAAUGAAGGAGCUGGAGGGACAGCUGGUAGCAGCGAAGAAGAGAAAAAAGAUGAUCGAACUUUUGAAUGUAAUAUUUGUUUAGAUACUGCCCGAGAUGCAGUUGUUAGUAUGUGUGGCCAUUUAUUUUGUUGGCCUUGUUUACAUCAAUGGUUAGAAACACAACCAAAUCGUCAAUUGUGUCCUGUAUGUAAAGCAGCGAUAAGCAAAGAAAAGGUUGUGCCAUUGUAUGGUAGAGGAAGUUCAAAACAAGAGGAUCCCAGAGAAAAGGUACCACCAAGGCCGGCUGGUCAGCGUACUGAACCAGAACCGGGUACUGGAUUUCCUGGUUUUGGUUUUGGUGAUGGUUUUCAUUUGUCAUUUGGAAUUGGUGCAUUUCCGUUUGGAUUUUUUACUAUGUUUAAUUUUAAUGAGCCUAGACCAACAGCAGCUCAUCGAGGAACUGCUCAGCAUGAAGAAGAAUUGUAUCUUUCAAAAUUAUUUUUAUAUGUAGCGAUAUUAUUUAUUUGUUGGUUACUUCUGGCAUAGUAAUUCAGUGAGUGAAUUAAAAAAAAAUUAAACGCCAAAAUAUUAGUAAUAUUCAUCUUAAA